CACAUCAACUCGGGCAGCUCCAGGAGGGGACGGACAGGAAGCCUUUGGCCGCCUAUUAAAUCCCACCCAUUUCUCCGGGGGCGAUUUCCUAACCUUCCGGGACCGAAUUCUGCAAUUUGAUUUGCUUCCAAGAUCCGGUACUUGCAGGAAUAUCAUAACCGGGUUCUUCACAACAUUUAUCCUGUACCAUCAGGAACAGAUAUUGCAAACACCCUGAAAUACUUUUCUCAGACCUUGUUAAGCAUUUUGUCCCGCACAGGGAAGAAGGAAAACCAAGAUGCCUCCAAUUUGACAGUGCCCAUGACCAUGUGUCUUUUUCCUGUGCCAUUCCCACUCACCCCAUCUCUAAGACCGCAGGUCAGUUCCAUCAACCCUACUGUUACUCGCUCCCUCCUUUACAGCGUCCUGCGAGAUGCUCCUUCAGAACGUGGCCCGCAAAGUCGUGAUGCUCAGUUGUCAGACUACCCUUCUUUGGACUACCAAGGCCUCUACGUGACUUUGGUGACUCUCCUGGAUCUAGUUCCUUUACUACAGCAUGGCCAACAUGAUCUUGGACAGUCAAUAUUUUAUACAACUACAUGUUUGCUACCCUUUCUCAAUGAUGAUAUUCUGAGUACUUUGCCCUACACGAUGAUAUCAACGUUAGCUACCUUUCCUCCAUUUCUGCACAAGGAUAUUAUUGAAUAUCUUAGCACAUCUUUCCUACCAAUGGCUAUAUUGGGCUCCUCCAGGAAAGAAGGUGUUCCUGCCCAUGUGAAUCUCUCUGCAUCCUCCAUGUUAAUGAUUGCAAUGCAGUACACAUCUAAUCCAGUGUAUCAUUGUCAGUUACUGGAAUGCCUCAUGAAAUAUAAACAAGAAGUUUGGAAAGAUCUUUUGUAUGUGAUUGCCUAUGGGCCUUCACAGGUGAAACCUCCAGCUGUGCAAAUGCUUUUCCACUACUGGCCCAAUUUAAAACCUCCUGGGGCAAUAAGCGAGUACAGGGGGUUGCAGUACACAGCUUGGAAUCCCAUCCACUGCCAACACAUUGAAUGCCACAACGCAAUUAACAAGCCAGCUGUGAAGAUGUGUAUAGACCCUUCCUUGUCAGUAGCUUUGGGUGACAAACCACCCCCACUGUAUCUCUGUGAAGAAUGCAGCGAGAGGAUUGCAGGGGACCACAGUGAGUGGUUGAUUGAUGUUCUUCUGCCACAAGCUGAAAUAUCUGCCAUAUGUCAGAAAAAGAACUGCAGUUCCCAUGUCAGAAGAGCAGUCGUCACCUGCUUUUCCGCAGGGUGCUGUGGUCGUCAUGGAAACAGGCCAGUUCGGUAUUGCAAAAGAUGCCACUCGAAUCAUCACAGUAGCGAAGUGGGGGCUGCGGCGGAGACCCACCUCUACCAGACCUCCCCGCCCCCCAUCAACACUCGGGAGUGCGGCGCAGAGGAGCUGGUUUGCGCCGUGGAGGCCGUGAUUAGCUUGUUGAAAGAAGCUGAGUUCCACGCUGAGCAACGGGAACAUGAGCUUAAUCGCCGGCGACAGCUGGGUCUCUCCUCUUCCCACCAUUCCCUGGACAACACUGAUUUUGAUAACAAAGAUGAUGAUAAACAUGACCAGCGGCUGCUCAGUCAAUUUGGAAUAUGGUUUUUAGUGAGCCUCUGCACACCCAGUGAGAACACUCCUACAGAAAGCUUGGCCAGGCUGGUGGCUAUGGUGUUCCAGUGGUUUCACUCCACAGCAUAUAUGAUGGAUGAUGAAGUUGGAAGCUUGGUGGAAAAACUGAAGCCUCAGUUUGUCACCAAGUGGUUAAAGACAGUAUGCGAUGUUCGCUUUGAUGUUAUGGUCAUGUGCCUUCUUCCUAAACCCAUGGAAUUUGCCAGGGUUGGUGGAUACUGGGAUAAAUCCUGUAGCACAGUGACUCAAUUGAAGGAAGGUCUCAACAGAAUCCUUUGUCUAAUCCCCUACAAUGUGAUCAACCAGUCAGUGUGGGAGUGUAUUAUGCCAGAAUGGCUGGAAGCCAUCAGAACAGAAGUCCCAGAUAACCAGUUAAAAGAAUUCAGGGAAGUAUUAAGCAAAAUGUUUGACAUUGAACUCUGUCCUCUACCUUUUUCAAUGGAAGAGAUGUUUGGCUUUAUUAGUUGUCGGUUUACAGGAUACCCUUCAUCUGUGCAAGAGCAAGCUUUACUAUGGCUUCAUGUAUUAUCAGAAUUGGAUAUCAUGGUUCCACUUCAACUUUUAAUAAGUAUGUUUUCUGAUGGAGUUAAUUCUGUCAAAGAACUGGCAAAUCAAAGAAAAUCAAGAGUCAGUGAAUUGGCAGGGAACCUUGCAGCUCGAAGGGUGAGUGUUGCCUCUGAUCCUGGUCGACGAGUUCAGCACAAUAUGCUGAGUCCAUUUCAUAGUCCUUUCCAGAGUCCAUUUCGGAGUCCUAUGCAUAGUCCAUUUCGUAGCCCUUUCAAGAAUUUUGGACACCCAGGAGGAAGGACUAUUGACUUUGAUUGUGAAGAUGAUGAAAUGAAUCUAAAUUGUUUCAUCCUCAUGUUUGAUCUUCUCCUGAAGCAGAUGGAGUUACAAGAUGAUGGAGUCACGAUGGGUUUAGAGCACAGUUUGUCAAAGGACAUUAUUUCUAUUAUAAACAAUGUCUUCCAGGCCCCUUGGGGGGGCUCCCACACCUGCCAAAAGGAGGAAAAAGCAAUGGAGUGUAACUUAUGUCAGUCUAGUAUCCUUUGCUAUCAGCUUGCUUGUGAACUCCUGGAGCGAUUAGCUCCCAAAGAAGAAAGCCGACUGGUGGAGCCCACAGACAGCCUUGAGGAUAGCCUCCUUUCUUCUAGACCAGAGUUCAUUAUAGGCCCUGAAGGAGAGGAGGAGGAGAACCCAGCAGUCAAGCAUGGGGAGAACCCAGGCAAUCGCACCAUGCCCACAGAACAUGCUGCAAUAAAGAAUGAUACUGAAAGAAAAUUCUGCUACCAACAGCUUCCAGUAACAUUGAGAUUAAUAUAUACCAUUUUCCAGGAAAUGGCCAAGUUUGAAGAGCCAGAUAUUCUUUUUAAUAUGCUCAAUUGCCUGAAGAUUCUCUGUCUGCAUGGAGAGUGUUUAUAUAUUGCUAGAAAAGAUCACCCUCAAUUUUUAGCCUACAUUCAGGACCACAUGUUGAUUGCAAGCCUGUGGAGGGUCAUCAAGUCUGAGUUCUCCCAGCUGUCUUCAUUAGCGGUCCCUCUCCUUCUCCAUGCUCUGUCACUUCCUCAUGGUGCUGACAUCUUCUGGACAAUCAUAAAUGGCAAUUUCAACAGCAAAGACUGGAAGAUGAGGUUUGAAGCAGUGGAAAAAGUGGCUGUAAUUUGUAGGUUUCUGGAUAUUCACUCAGUGACCAAGAACCACCUCCUGAAGUAUUCCCUGGCACAUGCCUUCUGUUGCUUUCUGACAGCUGUGGAGGAUGUCAACCCAGCAGUGGCUACCAGGGCAGGCCUCCUGCUUGACACGAUAAAGAGGCCAGCAUUGCAGGGUCUGUGUCUUUGUCUUGACUUUCAGUUUGAUACUGUGGUUAAAGACAGACCCACAAUAUUGAGCAAGCUUUUACUCUUGCAUUUUCUUAAGCAAGAUAUUCCUGCUUUGAGCUGGGAGUUCUUUGUCAACAGAUUUGAGACGCUUUCUUUGGAAGCUCAGCUACAUUUGGACUGUAACAAAGAAUUUCCUUUUCCUACAACUAUCACUGCUGUGAGGACCAAUGUUGCUAACCUCAGUGAUGCUGCACUGUGGAAGAUCAAGAGGGCUCGCUUUGCAAGGAACCGCCAAAAGAGUGUGCGGUCUCUGAGGGACAGUGUGAAAGGGCCCGCGGAAUCCAAGAGGGCACUCUCCCUCCCUGAGACCCUGACUUCCAAAAUUCCUGUGAGGUUGACCAGGCAAGAGCAGUCUGCUCCAGCUCUCGGUGGGACACCUGAACAGACACCAGGACAACAGUCUCCUGAGAAUGACAACACCAUCAAGGACCUGCUCCCAGAAGAUGCUGGGAUCGACCACCAGACAGUUCACCAGCUGAUCACAGUUCUAAUGAAGUUCAUGGCCAAGGAUGAGAGCAGCGCGGAGUCAGACAUCAGCAGUGCAAAGGCCUUCAACACAGUCAAGCGGCACCUAUAUGUCUUACUCGGCUAUGACCAACAGGAAGGUUGCUUCAUGAUUGCACCUCAAAAAAUGCGCCUAUCAACUUGUUUUAAUGCAUUUAUUGCAGGAAUCGCCCAAGUUAUGGACUAUAACAUUAACUUGGGAAAACACCUUCUCCCCUUGGUAGUUCAGGUGCUCAAAUACUGCUCUUGUCCUCAACUACGGCAUUAUUUCCAACAGCCACCUCGUUGUUCCCUCUGGUCCCUAAAACCUCACAUCCGGCAGAUGUGGUUGAAGGCCUUGCUUGUCAUCCUUUACAAGUAUCCAUACCGAGACUGUGAUAUCAGCAAGAUCCUGCUGCACCUGAUUCACAUAACAGUCAAUACACUCAAUGCACAGUACCAUAGCUGCAAGCCCCAUGCCACGGCAGGACCUCUGUACAGUGACAACAGUAAUAUAAGCAGAUACAGCGAAAAAGAAAAAGAAGAAGAUAGUGUUUUUGAUGAAUCUGAUAUUCAUGAUACACCUACUGGACCCUGCAAUAAAGAGUCUCAAACUUUUUUUGCAAGAUUGAAAAGGAUAGGCGGCAGCAAAAUGGUGAAAUAUCAGCCGGUUGAGAUGAAUGUUCAGAGAAGUGAAAUAGAACUGGCUGAAUAUAGAGAAACGGGUGCAUUACAAGACAGCAUUCUCCACUGUGUGAGAGAAGAAAGCAUUCAGAAAAAAAAGCUGCGCUCUUUAAAACAAAAAUCUCUUGAUAUAGGGAAUGCAGACUCCCUCUUGUUUACAUUAGAUGAGCAUCGUAGAAAGUCUUGCAUAGAUCGGUGUGACAUAGAUAAGCCUCCUGUCCAAGCUACUUACAUCACACAAAGACAAAACAACCACGGACGUUCUAGACAGAAUUCUGCUACGAGGCCUGACACCAUUGAAAUACCUGAGAACCCAGCUAUGGAAGGUUUUCAAGAAACCCGAAGGCCUGUAAUACCAGAAGUUAGGUUAAACUGCAUGGAGACGUUUGAGGUGAAAGUUGACUCUCCAGUGAAGGCUGCUCCUAAAGAGGAUUUAGAUCUGAUAGAUUUGUCCUCAGAUUCAACAUCUGGGCCUGAAAAACACUCUAUACUCUCUACAUCAGACAGUGACUCUCUUAUCUUUGAACCUCUUCCACCCCUCAGAAUAGUGGAGAGCGAUGAAGAGGAGAUGAUGAACCAGGGAAAUGAUAGUCCUUCUGGUAACAAUGCUGCCUCCUCCCCCUCCAGCCCCAGCCAUCCUUCCGUCCUCAGCCUAAGCACAAUUCCUCUUGUGCAAGUAAGUGUGGAGGACUGUUCCAAAGACUUCUCCUCUAAGGACUCAGGAAAUAAUCAGUCAGCAGAUAACAAAGACUCUGUGCCCAUAUCCCUGAAAGAUCCUACAGACUCUGAAGAUUUUGCAAAGCCAGAGGAGCUGCGGGAGUUCUCCUGUGGCAGCCCACUAACGCUUAAGCAAAAGCGAGACCUCCUUCAGAAGUCAUUUGCUCUCCCUGAGAUGUCAAUGGAUGAUAAUUCUGACCCUGGCAUGGAGGAAGAGAAGCCUGGCCAGAUGCCAAGUUCAGGGGCAAAAACUGUACUUCUCAAAGUUCCUGAAGAUGCUGAGAAUCCAACAGAAAGCGAGAAGCCCAAUACCAGUGCUGAAUCGGAUACAGAACAGAAUCCUGAAAGGAAGGUGGAGGAGGAUGGAGCUGAAGAAUCAGAAUUUAAGAUUCAGAUUGUUCCCAGGCAGAGGAAACAGAGAAAGAUUGCUGUCAGUGCUAUCCAGAGAGAGUACCUUGACAUCUCCUUCAACGUUCUAGACAAAUUGGGAGAACAGAAAGAUCCAGAUCCCUCUACUAAAGGACUUUCAACUUUGGAAAUGCCACGAGAGUCUUCAUCUGCCCCUACAUUAGAAGCAGGUGUGCCAGAAACAAGUAGUCAUUCCUCAAUAUCAACUCAGUAUAGACAGAUGAAAAGGGGAUCCCUGGGAGUUCUGACAAUGAGCCAGUUAAUGAAGCGACAGCUGGAACAUCAGUCUAGCGCCCCCCAUAACAUCAGCAACUGGGACACUGAACAGAUACAGCCUGGAAAACGCCAAUGUAAUGUGCCAAUAUGCCUAAAUCCUGACCUGGAGGGACAGCCAUUGAGAAUGAGAGGUGCCACUAAAUCCAGCCUGCUCUCAGCACCCAGCAUAGUGAGUAUGUUUGUGCCUGCACCCGAAGAAUUUACUGAUGAGCAGCCAACGGUGAUGACGGACAAAUGCCAUGACUGUGGAGCCAUUCUUGAAGAAUAUGAUGAAGAAACUCUUGGGCUGGCUAUUGUGGUCCUUUCCACAUUCAUUCAUUUGAGCCCAGACUUGGCAGCUCCUCUGUUGUUGGAUAUAAUGCAGUCUGUGGGAAGAUUGGCAUCCAGCACUACUUUUUCUAAUCAAGCAGAAAGCAUGAUGGUCCCUGGCAAUGCAGCAGGGGUGGCCAAGCAGUUCUUGCGCUGCAUCUUCCAUCAGUUGGCCCCCAACGGCAUCUUCCCGCAGCUGUUCCAGAGCACCAUCAAAGAUGGAACUUUUUUACGGACCUUGGCCACAUCUCUCAUGGACUUCAAUGAGUUGAGCUCUAUUGCUGCUCUCAGUCAGCUCUUAGAGGGUCUAAAUAACAAAAAGAAUUUACCAGCAGGGGGUGCUAUGAUACGCUGUUUGGAAAACAUUGCUACGUUCAUGGAAGCUUUGCCCAUGGAUUCUCCUAGUAGCCUCUGGACCACAAUCAGCAACCAGUUUCAGACAUUUUUUGCCAAGCUGCCUUGUGUUUUACCUCUAAAGUGUUCUUUAGAUUCCAGUUUGAGAAUUAUGAUCUGCCUCCUGAAGAUACCCUCUACUAAUGCUACAAGGAGUUUGUUGGAACCAUUCUCCAAACUGCUUAGCUUUGUAAUUCAGAAUGCUGUCUUCACUCUGGCCUACCUGGUGGAGUUGUGUGGCUUGUGUUACCGAGCUUUCACUAAGGAACGAGAUAAAUUCUACUUAUCUCGCAGUGUUGUUCUAGAACUUCUACAGGCCCUAAAGCUCAAAUCUCCUUUACCAGACACAAACCUCCUUCUACUUGUCCAGUUUAUUUGUGCAGAUGCAGGAACCAAAUUAGCUGAGUCAACAAUCCUGAGCAAGCAGAUGAUAGCCUCUGUACCUGGAUGUGGAACUGCGGCGAUGGAGUGUAUGCGGCAGUACAUCAGUGAAGUGCUGGAUUUUAUGGCUGACAUGCACACACUAACCAAGCUGAAGAGCCACAUGAAGACAUGCUCCCAGCCUCUGCAUGAAGAUACCUUUGGUGGACAUCUCAAAGUUGGCCUGGCUCAAAUUGCAGCUAUGGAAAUCUCCCGGGGCAACCACAGAGAUAACAAAGCUGUAAUCCGCUACCUGCCUUGGCUCUAUCACCCUCCUUCUGCAAUGCAGCAAGGACCUAAAGAAUUCAUUGAGUGUGUCUCCCACAUCCGUUUGCUGUCCUGGCUGCUUCUGGGUUCCCUUACUCAUAAUGCAGUGUGUCCAAAUGCCUCCUCUCCCUGCCUCCCCAUACCUCUGGAUGCAGGUUCCCACAUUGCAGACCAUCUUAUUGUUAUCCUGAUUGGAUUUCCGGAGCAAUCAAAGACUUCUGUGCUCCACAUGUGCUCCCUCUUCCACGCAUUCAUCUUUGCUCAGCUCUGGACAGUGUAUUGUGAACAAAGUGCCGUAGCUACAAAUGUUCAAAAUCAGAAUGAAUUCAGCUUCACGGCAAUAUUGACAGCACUAGAGUUUUGGAGUAGGGUGACGCCGAGCAUACUUCAGCUAAUGGCGCAUAACAAAGUGAUGGUAGAAAUGGUGUGUCUCCAUGUGAUUAGUUUAAUGGAGGCAUUGCAAGAAUGCAAUUCAACCAUUUUUGUCAAGCUGAUACCUAUGUGGUUGCCAAUGAUUCAGUCAAAUAUCAAGCACUUAUCAGCAGGCCUCCAGCUUCGCCUCCAGGCCAUUCAGAACAACGUGAACCACCACAGCCUAAGGACGCUGCCCGGCUCGGGCCAGAGCAGUGCUGGCCUAGCAGCCCUCCGCAAGUGGCUGCAGUGCACCCAGUUCAAAAUGGCCCAGGUGGAAAUCCAGUCCUCAGAAGCAGCCUCUCAAUUUUAUCCUCUAUGAGUGGACUCCUCGGCUCUCAGUGUCAACACUCUGGUUUAGCAAUAAUGGGUUUAAAAACAAAACAAUUUGAUCCAAGCAGGUUGGGGAACAUAUUGGUACUGUACAUUCUCUUUCUAGUUUAGUAAAAGAUGUGCAAAGGCCAGAGAGGGCCACAAAUGAAGCUUUCUUGCUACACAUAUUUCUGAUGACUCCUUGGGCUAUCUGAUUAAGUGUUUCCUUACAUUAUUUUUUAAAAACCAAAUCAUUUUUCUUUAACUAACUUCUAUUUUUUUUAAGAAAAAAAAAUAGACUGGUGGGUACUCACAGAAAAGUUGUAUAAGUCCCCCUGUUGCUAUUUUUGAUGAUAGAGAAUAAAUAGGGUUUUUGAAACCUUUGUAGUGUUUUUUCUUAAAAUCCACUCUUGGCAAUGCAAUAAAAAAACCCGUCACCAUAAGACAGUGACACCUGACUGAAGCUUUUUGUCAUUCUCCUGGGAAAAGUGGCAGCUUGCAAGGAACAUUACAAAGUGCACUUAGAAAUUAGGUGGUUAAACUGUGCCAAUUGUUUUAUUUGUUUUAUAAUUAUCAUUUUCCAAACUGUCCAGUAAGUUUUAUUAUUUUUAAAACUAGUUUUUCAACUCAUUAGCUCUAGGCUGUACUUUCUUGUAAGCUUUAUGAUAACCACUUUAGUUUUGUGAAUAAUAAAUUUUAUUCUUUUGUUAAUACUUGUAUACAAUUCAAUUUACAACUGUAGAUUGCAUACUGGACCAGAUGAGUCCCCGCACUGGCACAGAGCACUUCACCUGGAGUUAUGUUUCAUAAAGCAGAAUUUUAAUAGUGUCAGAGCACCAAGACUUCCCCACACUGAUACCUAGCAUUCAGCUGUGCAUUCCGAGUGACAUUUCUCUUUAUCCCUGUAAUGCACUGACUAAAAGAAGGCUUACUACACAUUUAAGCUGUAUAUUGACAUGCUAUUAAAUGCAUUUUUUAUUAUCUUUGUGAGCCUGGGGUUUUUAAAAAUCAGCUUAUAGGGGUAGAGUUUAGUUCUUGACAACUAUUUCUUCUGAAAUUUUACAACUUCUAACUCCCUUACACUUCAGUUAGUAAGAGGUCCUUUGGUGAGAGAAAUACAAGAUUUAUUGAAGUCCAUUCUCUCAGAAGGACUUUGAGGUCAUGAGACAAUUCUUUCUUUUUUUCCCCCUUCCAUGUUGCUUAGUAAGAACCGCCCCUUUUCUUCCAGGAGGCUUAAUAGAUUCAUGUUUCUCAGGGGAAAGAAGUCCUGGAUGUUUAAGUGUCCCGCAUGAAUUCUAGUAAGACAGGGUGGCAGAUCUUCAUUCUUACGAAAACUUUCAGGCCCUGUAUGAAGAGUACAGAGCGAUCCUUCUUUGUGUUUUGCCAGUGCAUUCUUCUGAAAGGCCCUCCUCCAGCCAGAACUGUCCUGUGCCCCAGUCACACUUGGCUGAGCUUCCCUAAACAUUUUGUCUUGUAUUACAUUAAGUUGUACCUGUAUUUACCUCACUAGAAAAUAGCCAUGGCUUUGAGGAUUGCACACCCAGCCUUUGGAACAUAGUACAUGUUUAAUUGAUAUCUAUUGGAUUGAGUGGAUUCAAUGAAGCGACAGAUCUUCCUUGAGCUACACAGUGGAUUCGCAAGGAUUGAAUUAUGACAUUGUCUUUUGUGCAAGAAUUCCUAGAGGGGAGCAUGGAAACAGGCUGGAGGAAGGAGACCCUGGCUGCUUUCCUGGACGGAGGUUUUACUGACUUCCCCGUCUGGGUUUAGCUGUAGGCCUGGCUCAUGGCUGGUCCUGUACUUGCAUUGGCUCAGGCACCCUGGGCCUUGGUGGCCCCAUCCUACCCUUAGACAAGAUUCAAAGUUUUCCUCGGCUUCUUCUCCAUCUUCUUUGCCUAGUUCUUUGACCAGGCUUCUGCCUCAACUUCCCUUUGCAGUUGCAAUCCCCUUGAGGGCUGGAGACAAGCCCUUAGCUCAGAACUCUUUUCUGAGCCCCCAUUUAAUGCUUUCUGCUGUCUGGACCUAUUUCCUUUACCUUAGUCUCCACCAGGGUCCUUAGUCUCACCCAGGCCCAUCUGUCUCCUUGCCCUUGAGAACUGUAACCCAUUUUCUGCCAGCCAGACCUCAAUGCUGUCCAUGCUGGCACACUGUUACUUCACUGAGAGGCCAGUGAGCAUCCCCAGCCUGCAUUUACUACAGAUUCCAGUGUCAUCUUCUGUUGUUACCUAUGCCAGCUCUCCGGCAAACUGGGCUCAGCCACUUAGAAAACAGAAACUAGGAAAAGAGGGGACUUAUUGCAGUUUAACAGGGUGUGCCCUAAAAGGUAGGAGGACUUGCCUUUCACCUAGGUCAAGGACCAGCAAACUACAUUUCCACAAGACAGAUGCAGCCCACUGCCUGUUUUUGUAAAAUUUUUUGGAAGCAGCCACACCCACCAUGUAUAUACUGUCUGUGUCUGCUUUUAUGCUGCAGAGGCAGAGUUGAAGAGCUGCAACUGAGAUUAUGACUCAGAAAGCCUGACAUCUUUACCAUCUGGUUAUUACAGAAAGUGUGCUGACCCUCGGCCAAGGUGAAGGCCAUCUAGAGGCACUGAGCUAGAACCCGUGCACACACACACACACACACACACACACACACACACACCAGUGGUCUGGGAAUUUCAUUAUUAGUGUUUCCUCAUCUGUGAAAUGGGGACAAUGGCACUUUCUACCUCAUAGGGUUGUUGAAAGAAUGUAACAAAAGAUGAUGAAAAACUUGCAAAAGGAGGGGCUAGGGUAAUACCUGGUAAUGAUAUGCACUCAAUUAUGUUUUUAUUCUAGUGUUAAAGCCUAGAGAGGGAAAGCCACUUGCCCAAGGUCACAUAGCUUGUAAGGGGCAGAACGAGAACUAGACUCCAGGCUGCCUGAGCCCCAGGGACUGUGCUCCCGGAUACCUCCCACGUUAACUCCUGCUCCCCACACACAGUCCCGGAUGACAGCGGUGAAAGCAGGAUGGGGCCAGAGAGAUCCCAACAAAACGGCCCUGACCCAGGUGUGGCCAGCGCUGAUUAUCGGCCUGGAGAAGGGCCAAGGCAUUGGCUCAGUUUCACUCCCCUCAUGGAAUCCCACCAGUGUCAGCAUGUGAACAGAACAUUCUGAGACUUCCAAGAAUGGAAUGGGCCAAAUCUCCAAAUAUAUAGGUUUCAGUCCAAUGACUUUUCAUGAUGGGCAUUCCUCUUACUAGUUGGGUGACCUUGGACAAGUUAUUAAACCUCUCUGGAUCUCUGUUUUUCCUUAUCUGUAAAAUGGAGCUAUUCAUCUCUCUGGGGCGAUGGAAGGCUCAAACAGGCAGAGGACUGUUGGUACCUGGGAGACCAUACUGGGAUCCACAGACUUCUGGGAAGACUGGUGCUACUUUAUGAAGGCCACACAAGGGGACAGCUCACAGCUGCGGGCUUAUUUGAUUUUUCUUUCAGCCAGUGCUUCAGCAUCAAGACCUACAAGAUCUAUGGGAGCCAAACAUGGUCAUUCGCUGAGAAUGUCCACUAUCCAUCGUAUGCCAUCUUUUUGCAAGAGUGCCAUUCUGCCAGAUGCCGGGAUAUUUCUAGCAAAUCUCUGAGAGUCAUUCAGUGAAGCCAAGUGGUUCCAGCAACUUCAUCUCCGUUUCUAAGUGACAAGACAUCAAAUAAGAUUGGACUGGAUCAGAGAAGAUGAGUUGUCCACCAAGGCUGUCUCAUGCGCUGGGACCUGGAACUAAUUGGACACUGCAGACCAUUUAUUAUACCUCUUUAAUGAUGUUAAUUUGCAAAUGUGUAUUUUGGGCAAACUGGGUGUUUUGACAAUAAUGGUAGGUUAAGAAGAACGGAGUGGUGGGAACUCAGUGAAGUAGUACCUAACUACAGUUUUAUGAAAGUUGAAUCCUUUGGGAGAUGGCUGAGGUAUUAUUAGUAAGAAACUGGGCAGUUCCUUCAGUGCUAGCUGCAAGAAGUGAGCUUCUUAAGAGAAUUCAAAAGAAACCACAAUAGCCACUGUAUAUUGAGCAUCUGCUAGUCCCAAGUUCUUUACAUAUAUUAUUUCACUUAUCAGCCCUUCCCCGGUGGGGGACAGGUGUUUUCAUCUUCCCAGUUUUGCAGGUGGGUCAGCUGAGGCCCAGAGGUUAAGUGCCUUAUCCAAGGUCAUGCAGCUGGCAAUAGUGGCAUUAGGAUUAGAUCACUGGACUCCAAGUCAGAGCCUCACUCAAUAAAUGUUCAUUUCUCUUUCCUCUUGUUGGUUCCUGGCUCUUCUGGCUAACGUGUGCCAGGAGCACGGGGUAGAGAAGUCUGAGGGCUUUUUUUGAGGCAGCUCAAUUGUAUUGACAACACUGUUUAUUGCUUAUCUGUCAUCAAUUUUGAUCAAACCAGAGUUACUUCACCUGCAAAGGUGUUCUCCCCUUCAACUUUGGGAAUGAAUUCAUUUAUAUGAAAAAAUUACCAAUCAGAAAUCACAUUCAGUUUCCUCCUUAAUUUAAUAGUUUUAUGUGAAAGAAUAAACUUGUAUGAAUUGAAGACUGUGAUGAUGAACUCUAUUGGAUUUGGGAUCUUUUGAGAGUUCACUCAGCCCUGAAGAGAUUUGCUCUUAUGCAUAAUCAUAGCUCCUAUUUAUGAGGAUUUACUAUGUUUCAUGUAUUUUCACUAUGUGAUGUCAUUGCAUCUUCACAACAGUGUGAGGCAGGCAUUCCUAUUAUCAAUCCCAUAUUACAAUGAGGAAACUGAGGCAUGGAGAGAUGAAAUAUUUGCCAGAGUCAGUCAGUCAGAGACAGAGGAAAAUUUGAAUCUGGAUAUGUUUGCGUCCAAAGUCUAAAUUCUACCUAUUAUAUAGUGGUAGUUAAAUGCUUGGUAAAGUUUCUUGGUACUCAUCUGACCAACCGGAUAACUUAGAAUCAUUUAGAUCAGAUCACCAACUGGCAGCCUCCUGGCUGACUGGCCGCAGUAUAUUUUGUUUGGUGAGUUUGAAUUUAUAAUUUCUUCUUUGGAUGUGAUACUCACUGUGGAGCACUUGGCCCCCGUUUGUUUCAGUUCUGGCCUCCAAAGCAGAAGAACCAGCCCCACAGCCUCUAGGCAGAAAUCCUGUGCCUCCGGGCCAGUUCACAGGGCUGGAACCUUCCCUCAUGCUGCCACUGACCCUGUAGACUAUGAGUCUGUUACAUGGUGUAGACUGACCUCCCAUUUCUGGGGCCAAGAAGGGGUAGGAUUUGUCUAGGGUCACUUGGGGCCAUCUCAGCCCCAAAUGGGUCAUGUGUCCCUGGCAUCACUCCUGUGCCCAGCCUACCAUUGGCCCUGCCUCUGCACGUGGCCACUGUCAGCCCACCACCAUCCUGGAUUGUCCUGCUCAGGAAAGCUGAGGUCAAGUGGGUGGCCAGGGUAAGCCCCACACCAGCCAUGCCCCGUAGGUGUCCCAGGAUUUGGUUGUUCCAGGAAGAAAGAGUUGAUUUUUCCGUCAUGCAGCCCAGACAGGCCCCUUCAGGCCAGUGGAGAAGGGAGCCUCCCAGGGCUGCCUGGCAGAUACCCUGAUUUCCACUUCUUGAAGUGGCCACUUGGAAAAGAAAGGAAUCAGCGACUAAUCAAGCAUGAAGUACAGAAGCACACUCCAGGUGAGGACAACCACACUGCCCAGUGAGGGGCAGGGCAAAGAGGGGCCAGAGAGACAGCAGGAUGUGGGCAGAGAGGGCACACAGACAGGCUUUGCAGCCAGGUCUACAGGAGUGGUGUUCUGGACUUGAGAGCAGCCCUGCUCUCUGAUCACAGGCAAGUUGCUUAAUCUCACUGAGCCUUAGCUUCAUCAACUGCAAGGUGGAGGGGACAUUUUCCUGUCCUGUAAAGAGCACAGGGAGGAAUGGCCAACAGGAACUUGGCACCAGUAUGAACAGGGCGAGCCUUCUUGGAGCUCUGCCUGCCCUGUGUGCCUGACUCUGCUGUAAAUGCCCUCCAUCCAGGCAGCCAUUUAGCUCAAACUGUAGUACCAUGUGACAGCUGGUGUUUUGCUGAAAUGAAAUCACAGCUUGCCGUGGGCAUUUGGCUCAUGUUCUUCUCAGGGUGGUGUUCCCAUGCUGCUGUGUUUUAUGGUGCCUCAAGGCUGCUCCCAUGCUUCUGAGCCGGAAUGAGCAACCAGGAAAUCCUCCUCCAUAUGGCAUGUUCUGUCAGCAUUUGGACUUCUUGUGGUCUGAGCAUAUCAUUGUAUCUGUGAUGGGGAUAAUAUUCUGAAAAUAAUAAAUGGAUUUUUUUUAUUCUUCUCCAGGAAAUCAUGUGCCCCAGUCUGUUCCAUGGACAGUGCUGGGCAGGAGGAGGCUAGGAAGGUUGUAGUCAAAAAGGUCAAACAGGAUGAGGGAGCAGAGAGCCCACUUCUUCUGGACCCUGGUGGAUCAUUGGCAAAAGAAAAAGGGAAGAGUGUAGGGUAGGGCUGGGAGGCCAUGUCUGAACCUUCUCUCUUGAGGAUGUUGUACAAGUGUCCACGUGGAAAUGUACCUGGGAGCCCUGGAAGAUGCUGUCAGGUAAACCUCCAGAAAUGUCCACAGCCAUGUGCAGAGCCUGCAAGUCCCCAAGAGUCUGAUGCCAAGAGAACAGGAAAUUGGGCAGAGGCCACAUUCAGGAGGGCAAGGCUAUCACAGCUGGACAUUUGCAGGGGGAGCAGUGGGGGUUAGCCAGUGACACUAAAAGGCCAGAAAGGCACAGGCACAGCCCACGAUCACUCAUCUAGGAAACAGCUCAAGCCAGCCCUUCUGCAGCAGAGACCGGAGAGGACCUCAAGACUCCAUGUGGCUGAGACCAGCUUCCCUGCAUAAGACAUUACAGUUAGGUGCUUCAUAGGGGCGGCAGGUCCUGGGAAGACGCCCGAACACAGAGCACCUGUCCACAGGAAACAGUCAUCUGAAAGAUACCAGUGAAAUGACAAGGGGAAAAAUACCAUCAACCUGAAAAUUUCAUUUUUUUCUACCCCCCAUCCCUAGUCAGUGCACAACCAAGGAGGUGGGGACUCCCAACAGUUAUAUAAAAUAAAACAUUACAUUCCUUAUUGCA